AUGGCUCUCGUUGCCAUGAACUCGACCUCAAAUAUCACCCUUCCUUGCUCGUCCUUUUCUUCACUCACGGACCUGGUUGUCGCUGCCACCCGUGCUCAGAUAAACAUCACAUUGGAGGUGCAAAAGUGCCCCGGGCUGUGCUUGCUAGCUUGGGGCACUGGAAAUCCAGACCUCUCUGGAGUCGGUACAAACAUCUCUUGGCUAUUUCAGGCUCUUUUGACUGUUUUAUUUUGCCCCCUUCUUCGCGUUUAUCUUCAGUUGGCUUCUUCGGACAAGGUCAAGAACACGGAAAAGGUCGAGGUACUUCUUCAAGAUACCCACAAGGAGUUCCUAGGCGCAACGAUCCUCAUCGCACUGUCCGUCUUGGUCGCUACGAUAGUCUAUGUCAGGCAUAGCCACCCUAUCUUCGAAGUAACAUUCCUCUACUAUCUCGCUACAAUGCAGUUUCUGGCGCUCCUUGGCACCGCACUUUCCGCUCUUCAGUUUUGCGAUUGGGACGUAGAGCCGCAGGCAGCCACGUCCACAGACAGUACAGCGCCGGCAAGCGGGCCGGUAGACGGUACACAGCCGGCAAAGGGGCGCAGAAGACCGAAUUUGGAAAAGCAGAGAGGGGAAGUAGAAAAAAUCUGGGAAAAAUGGACCGAGCAACCUGUCAUCACCACUGUGGCUUGUAUUAUAGGCUUUGGCUUGUAUCUGGGCUGUUUGAGCUGGAUCCGUGGGCAAUCGAUUUCCCUCUCUUUCCUGCCGGAACUCGCCUCGUCAUGCAGCACGUAUGGAAGGAUAGUGCCUCAUAUCCCUCCGGCAACUUCCCCUGCUCCAAAGAUAAACUGGGGUCUCUUGCACCAUAUGUGGACUCAUAUUCGUGCCCCAGGCAAUUUCUUUGUCUGCCUCAUCUUCGUUCUCAUCAUCCUCUGUGCCGUGGCCGCCGUCCUUUUCCUAGCCUACUUGGCUUUUGCGACCCUAGUUUUCCUCCUCGUAAACCCUUAUUCCAACAGCCUUUUCACCCUCGCUUUUGCGAUCGGAGUGCUUUUUUUCACAGGGCAAAUGCAAGUCAAGAGAAAUAACCUGAAGAAGGUCGUCGGCAAACAGUACACGGAUGGCGAGUGGGGUUUCGGGCAGAUAGUUGCUAUCUUUGUUUGGAUGCCUACGACGCUAAGGCUCAUUGCCAGAUGGGUUGAGAUUGCUCCUGCUUGUAGGAGAAAAAAACCGUCAGAUGUAGAGAAGGGGAAUGAGCCGGGAGACGAGAAAGGGAAGCCAGCACAAAUUGUGUGCAAGGAGUGCGGAAAGAAAGUGGAGGAAAUACCCCCGGCAGCUCUUACAGAGAAUGAGCCUGGAGCCAAGCGAGGAGACCAGGAAGGAGAGCCAGGGGAGGAGACAAAGGGAGGAAUUCAGACGGAUUCUCGGGAGAUUUCAGAGACGCCCCCAGCAGCUCCUGCGGAGAGUCUAGAGGAUAAGCCCCUGGAAAAUCUUCAGGAGGAAACCCCCAAAGAAGCUCCUCAGGACGACUCGGAAAGGAGCCAAGAAGCGAAGAUAGGCAAGAAUCCAAAUGAGGAGAGUUAUAUCUGA